AUGUGCCACACCAUUAAAUCAGCCGAGAAGGUGGAGAACAUGAGAGAGUCACAGUUCGUCAAGGUCUUCCAACGUUACCGAUACCUAGCAACCCAAGGGAGCGCUUCUAUAGAUAAAGCUCCGCCCAAGCGUCCACCUCCAGGACGUAAACGAAAGAAAAGACGCAAGCCACACUUGAGUAGUGCCAAUAAAAAGAAAGGACGUACUCCAGUGGGUGUGGUCUUGUCAGAAGGUGUUGUCACGCCAGUGAAAGAAGAAGGAGAACAAGAUUCGGAAAUUGAGAUUGAAAUUGAUCCUAUGUCUAUUUCACCUGCUCUGUCAGCUGUUGGAGAAGACGUGAAGCCACUAUUGAAGACACCUCGACUUCAAGCAUCACGAAAUCUCUCUACUACAUUGGAUAAUCUUACUGGAACCACACCCACUUCUAUUCCUCAACAGCAGCGAAUGACUCAAGCUCAAUUUGGUAGUUAUGAAUUUGACACGUGGUUCUCAUCUCCCUAUCCACCUGAAUAUACCCAAUUAAAGCAAAUUUAUGUCUGUGAGUUUUGUCUACGGUAUUUCAAAACAUCUGUCACUUAUAAAAAACAUCAAACCACUUGUACUCAGCUGAGACCACCUGGCAGAGAAAUAUAUCGUAAAACGCCCUUGUCUAUUUUUGAAAUUGAUGGCGAAAACCACAAAAAAUAUUGUCAGAAUCUUUGUUUAAUGGCAAAGUUAUUUUUAGAUCAUAAAACUCUUUAUUUUGACGUGGAGCCAUUUCUAUUUUACAUUGUGACAGAUUGCAAUGAUAGUGGCUGUCAUAUCAUUGGUUACUUCUCAAAAGUGUGUUCAUUCUCUCAAGGAUACAAUGUCUCCUGCAUACUUGUUAUGCCGCCAUACAUGAGGCAGGGAUAUGGACAUCUACUAAUAGAUUUCAGUUAUCUGUUGACUCGUCAACAGGAGAAAGUUGGGUCUCCAGAACGUCCAUUAUCUGAUCUGGGACUCCUUUGUUAUCGGAGUUACUGGAAAGAUGUGAUGUUAACAUAUCUCCUUAAUAAUCAAGCACAGACGAUGUCCAUGAAACAAAUCAGUCAAGAAACAGGUAUUAAUGCUGAUGAUCUUAUCAGUAGCCUUCAAUAUUAUGGUUUCUUGAAGUAUUGGAAAGGCAAGCACAUCAUUAUUAAGAAAAAGGACUUAUUAGAGGAGCAUUCACGUAAACUAGAGAGGCGUAGAAACAAUCAUCUCAUGAUUGACAUCUGCUUACAGUGGACACCUACGACUUACCCAUGUAUCCUGAAUGGGCCCAGACUCAUACUCUCAUAUUCUGGGAUGAGUUUUCGAACUUUUUCUGAGUUACAAGGGUUAUUGCCCCCUCAUGAUGGCACUAAGUCCCCAGCUGACAAACCAACCUGUUUUAUAUGUCUCGGUAUGGCAGGAUCUGGUAAAACCACUUUUGUACAGAGAAUAAAUACAUAUCUUCAUGCUCAUAAAACUCCACCUUACGUCAUAAAUUUAGAUCCAGCUGUCCAUACAUACCUUAUCCUGCAAAAUAUUGGUAAUUUAUUCAUCCUCUCUGCUCCUUUUUUUGGUAAUAAUGACUAUUUUAUGUGCUAGAUAAUACGCGAUACUGUUAAUUAUAAAGAGGUAAUGAAACAAUACAAUCUUGGUCCCAAUGGGGGAAUUGUGACCUCGCUAAACAGGUUUGCUACUCGAUUUGAUCAAGUCAUGGGAUUUAUUGACAAAAGAGCUAAAGAAUGCAAGUAUGUGUAAUAUUCGACACCCUGGUCAGAUGAAGUUUUCACAUGGUCUGCAUCAGGAGCUAUAUUACAGAAGCUCUUGCAUCGGAUCUUUCAAACUAUAGUAAUAUAUAUCAUUGACACUAUUCGAAGUGUUAAUCCAAUCACUUUUAUGUCCAAUAUGUUUGUAUGCUUUAUUCUUUAUAAAGCUAGACUCCCAUUUAUUGUGGUAAAUGACAAAGUGAGUCAUAUUAAUAACAGCUGUGUUCCUAGGCAACAGAGAAUAGAGCUUCGUUUAGGAGCUCUGCCCUCUCAUCUUCUUCCACAAGAAGAGGAUGAUCCUUAUGGUGGAUCAACUGAUGAAUGUUCUGAUAUGGAAACUAACCAGUUACUAAGGAACGAGAUGGUAGUUCAUCGUCAGGACGACACUGAUGAAUAUGAUACAGAAGAUGAAAUUGAAAUU